AUGGCUCCCCGACAGGCGGCCCAGAUGAGUGCGAACGUUCAAUCGCGUUAUAUCUCGCUUCGAUCCAAUGCUAACAUGGAGCUGAAGCGCAAAGUCAGGCUCGUCACCGAGCAGAAUGUCAUCGACAAGCCCUCCCCCGUCGAAGACUUCCCCAUGCGAAAAUGGUCCAUCGUAAUCUAUAUUGUUGGCGAGGAUGGCGAGGAGCACCCGGCCGAUUGCUUCCAGAAGGUCGUCUACAACCUCCACCCCUCUUUCGAAAAUCCCACGCAAACAUUUUCCAAGCCUCCCUUCCGAUGCGAGAACGAGGGAUGGGGUGAGUUCGACAUGACGAUCGACUGCUAUAUCACCGAGAAAUCGAAGCAGACCCUCACCCACGACCUCAACUUUGCGAAGAACCGUUAUGACGCCGAGCACACCGUAUCAUUCAAGAACCCAUCGCAGGCCUUGCAGCAGAUUCUGCGCGAGACAGGCCCUCUCCCUUCCGACGAUGACCGUCUCAAGAAGAAGGGUGGCGCUGGCAAGAAGGGCGCCCAGAAGUACGACUACGAGAAGAUCGCGCAAGCUCUUGAGAAGCUUGAUGAGGACGAUCUGCUCCGCGUCAUCCAGAUUAUCAACGAUAACAAGACCGCGGACACAUACAUCAAGAGUGAUGUUGAUGCGGGAGAGUUCUCUAUCGAUCUGUAUACAAUGUCGGAUGCGAUGACCAAGCUCCUGUGGGACUACUUGGUGAGUAAAUCUUACAUCCGGUUGUGA